AUGUGUUGUAAAAUAGUUAAUCAUGCUCAAUGUUUACCCUGCAAGUUCACAUACCUCACUUUUUUCUGUGUGUAUGUAUAUAAAUUGAGCGCGCUGCAGACGCAUGUCUAAAUAAACAAUAAUUUUUCCUAACAGACAAUCUGUCAUUUAUGAACAAUCCAUGUGCUGCAAACUUGUCAAAAAAAAAAUUUUUCAAUUUGUAAAUUUUCAUCCUUUAAUUCUUGAAUUAAAAGCCGGCAUUUAAAUUUGUUAACGACAUUCAAUUCAAAUACAAAAUGAACGUUGAAAAUAUUGAAGAUGAAGAAACGAAAUUUCGUCGUGAUGCUCAUCGCUAUCUGGUCGAAUCGGGUGAACGUGAUCGUUUAGUACAAAUUCUCAAUGAUAAAUUAAAAGCAUGUGAUUGGCAACACAAAGUCACAAUUUGUUGCCGUGAAUUAUUGUCCGAAAUAGGUGUUGAUAACAUCACUGUCGAUGCAUUUGUUGAACGUAUAACGCCUAAAGCCAAAGAUCUGGUACCGAAUGAUGUGAAACAUGAAAUGGUUAACAUUAUACAGACAACAUUGGAGAAAAAAUUCAAUGUUAGAUGAACCAAAUUGUUUUUUUGGAUCAAUCUACAAAAAACAAUGAAAUGAAAAAAAACAACCGCCUUCUGUAAAAACAUACAGUAUCUGCUGUUCACUCUGUUUACAUAUUAACUUUGUCUCU